CUGGCAUCCCCUCGAUCGUGGUAGCAAACGGAACAAAAGGCGAUCUUCAUGAAAAGCUAGUGGCCACAAAACUAACUACCUUUCAGUUUCGAUAACGAUUGGUUUCACACCGGAACAAGUACUCUUUCUAUGUAUUAUUUAAGUGUCAUGCUACAACAGUGAUGAAAGGAACCGCAACCCCAAUCGGUUGGGACUGCGUAUAGUUUGUUGCUUGGAGACAAAGUUCGCACUGACCUCAUCUCAAAUCAAACAACAGGGUAUCGGCAGCAAAGCCAUGUAAAAAGCAAAGCAUGGUCUUCGCUUCCUUGCCUAUUUUCUAUCCCACACAAGAGAGUGUCAAUAGUACUGGCUGUUUAAGGCAAGUAGUUUCCAGGGAGGAUGGAAACUCCCAUCAUUUCGUGGACAACAAGUCCCCAGAUUCCCAUCAUGGCGGCACGUCCGUUGUUGAGCUCGAUCGUUCGCUUCUUGAGCUUGGUKGCAUCGUCGAACUUGUCCCAUCCGAAGUCGAGGACACCGUUACGGUAGUCACCAACGUGUUCGGCUUCAACAUCMAACCACUCGGCGUCACGGUUGACAAUGGUGGCAACGGCGAAGAAGGCAAGCAUUUGGAGGAGGAUGUUCUGUCCAUCCUUGCUGGCCAACAAGUAGUCGAAGGCCUUAAGUCCGGCAGGGACAUCCUGGGCACCAGGGAAUCGGAUUCCGGCGGCGGUGACCAAGUAUCCGACAACGGCAAGCAUGGAAACACGUCCGUGGGUGAGUUCGUAUUCUCGCAAAAGGUCGAACUUCUCUUGGUUUCCAUCCUCGAUCAAUCCAAGAGGAUCGAACAUACCGAGCUGUAGUUUGUAGAACGAAAAGAAGAGACAUGGCUCAUUAGAAACAAGAAAAAGUCACGAUUGCACCGUACAUACAGAGCAACAUUGGGGGCUGUACCUGCGUAGGCAGUUGCAUCUGUGUUUUAAUGUCGGACACUUACAGGAGCCAUGGCGCCGAUGUCAUCGGAGAAAGCCUUAGCAUCGAUGGCAGUGGAGGAGCGACCGGUUUGGGCAGGGGCAAAGGCAGCUGCCGAUGCGACAAGGGUGGCGGCGAUCAUAGACUUCAUGGUUACUAUUUUGGGUUUAUUCGGUAUAUUGUUGGAAAUUUAUGGAUGCAAAAGUUGUUGAUUCGAUGGCGUGAACGAUGGACGAGGGCUCGUAGCUUUUAUUGAAGUCGUAAAGAUAAGAACCUAGAAGAGAAAAUCGAACAAAGCGAUUCAAGGGGAACAAAGAGAAAAACCCCGUUCUGUCCAAUCAAAGAAGUUGCAGAUUGGUUGCCCGAUCUUCCUUGUUCAACUUUCAAAAAUUCACGGACAUCGCGCGGUAGUUGCGUCUAACAUUUACGUCGGUAUGUGACGUGUGCUUUUUAAUUGGUCGAAAAACAAUCAAGUUUUAGGGGAGGGGAAUUGACCUUCAUGAUUCAAAAAUACGGACCGAGUCAAUUUUAAUCGAAUCAUUCGACUAAAAUUGAAAGAAAAUUUAAAGCGACUA